ACCUGUCUGUGAGGGCUAUAUGCCGAAAGUUUGGCGAUGCCAAAAAUUUGAUAAAGAAUUCGGUUCCCAAUAGGACCGCAAAUCCUAUUCAGAAUUUCGUGCGCGAGCGCUGUGAGCCAUCCUAGAGGGAGGUUGGCGGGCGAGGGUGUUCGUUGAAGGUGGCCACCUUCACGGCACGAGUUUCUCAGACAUGGUAGGAAAUUCGAAGAACUUAGACUGAUCAGUCGGACUUUUAAGAUCACAAAAGAAUUUAGUAUGCUCGAGCCUUUUUAAGAAAAAUCCUCGUGCGAUACUGUUGAUGGAUGACAACUUAUAUAUGUAUGUUUUGUUUUCGGCACGUGACCACUGAGUACUCCUGUACUCAGCCCUGCAUGUAUUUAUAAAUGUGCAAAUUGAACGUCAAGAGGAAGGAAUGUUGAUCGGAGUUGAUGCUAUUAAAUAAUCAAGUGGAUUUCUCUACGAUUCGUGUCUUCAUACACGAAGUCGUUUAGUAAGGACUUAUUCCGCUGUACUUUAGUCAAGUGAGAAUUUCAAAGUCUCACCUUCGAACUCUGAUUUAGUUGAUAUGAUGAAUUAUUCUAUUUUGAGAUCUUGUAAUCAAAUACUUGACUUUUAAUUUGUGGUAUCAAUUGAUUGGCCUUUCGGCAAGUCCCUUGAGUUCUUUCCUCGUUUCGUUAAUUCCGCUUAUUAGUCACGGAUUUCCCGCUUUUGCUACCAUUAGCAAAGUGCGGUCGUGACAGGUUUACCCUUAUAAAUUCUUCACAGUUAUUUUAUUUUUACAUUAAUCAUAUAACUGAUCUAAAAAUAAAUGCAAAAAGUGUUAUUUUAUUUAGAUAUUUCUAAAAUAAAUAAAUAUCCAAAUAUAAUAUUGUUAACUAUUCUAUUUAUUUUUAAUUUAAUCAAGAUUCAUUGUGUACCUAAAACACACUUGGAACAUCUAGAUACAACAUGUAUAUAUAUUAUAUAAUCACCAUACGCUUAAAAUGGACUUAUUUGCAAGUUUUAAAUAUAAAUACAAAUUAAUUUUGUUGAUUUCAAUUACCGAAUUGUGAAUUGAUAGCUGAAAAAAACUAUUUCAUUUAUAAUGAAAUAAAGAAUAUUGAACUUAUGAGCUGAUGCGUAAAGAAUAGGGAUUCUGUCAUAUAGUUUAGUAAUUGAGAAAUUAACCCCACGAAUAGUUAAUAUUAAGAGGCCAUAUUUAGUACUCCACUUAACAUUAAAAUUAUUUCAGAUAAAAAUAACUAAACUGAUAAGAAAAAAUAAAAAAAUAAAACAAGUAACAAAGUAAAAAAGGAAAAGUAAAAUGAAAGAAAUAAAUUAGGUAGCGUCCCUUAAAUCAAUAAAUGUAAGACAAAAAUGGAGAGCUAUUAAUUGAAGAAGUCUAUAAUAACGGUAUAAGAUUAUCGAUAUAUUCACUGUUAAUUAAUAUUUACUUAAUUGGUCAACUUUUUUUCCUAAAAAACUCAUGUGACAGUGUGGCUAUGUAUCCAAUGUAAAUAUCCACGAUUAAGAAAUGGCAAAUAUAAUAAAUAAACUUUAAUGUUUUUUAAAAUGUGACUCCUCCCUUUCUCAAACACUAUAAAUAACGCAAAUAUAAUAAAUAAACUUUAAUGGUUUUUAAAAUGAGACUCCUACCUUUCUCAAACACUAUAAAUAAGUGGCUACAAAUAUUUUUAAUUAAAUUUAGUCACAAUGAAGAGAUCAUCAAAGCAACACCUUAUGCUAAUGGCAAUAGCCAUGCUUUGCAUCUACACUGCAGAUGCUAGAACAGGAGUGUGCUAUGGCACCCUUGGCGACAAUCUACGACCACCAAGAGAAAUUGUCUAUCUAAUCAAGCGUAACAACAUUGGUAACAUUCGAUUAUACAACCCAAAUCCAACAAUUCUCGAAGCACUUCAAGGCACCAACAUCUCCGUCAUCGUUGGGGUGCCCAACGGCGACAUCCAAGGCAUUGCGACAGAUCCAUCUGUCGCGACAUCUUGGGUCCAAAACAACAUUCGCAAGUACCAGUACGUCAACUUCCGCUACAUUUCCGUUGGAAACGAGAUGAACCCGACAGACAACCCCGACAUCGCACCCUACAUCCCGGCAGCCAUGCAACGCAUCUCCGAUGCCCUGGCCGCGGCCAGGCUUCGGAGAAUCAAGGUCUCCGCAGUCCUAAGCAUGUCGGUUAUCGGAGCAUCCUACCCUCCAUCAGCCGGGGCAUUCCGACCCGAAUUCCGAGAAUCUUUCAUUGAUCCAAUCAUCAAAUUUCUUCUCAAAACACAUAGUGCUUUUCUAAUUGAUGUGUAUCCAUAUUUUGCAUAUGCUAGUGACCCCACCAAUAUUCAUUUAGACUAUGCAUUAUUUACUUCUAAAUCGGUUGUGCUUAGGGAUGGACCAUACCAAUACCAAAACUUGUUCCAUGCCAUGGUUGACUCGGUCCACGCGGCUCUCGAGAAGGCCGGUGGGCCCAGCCUGAAGGUUGUGGUGACGGAGACGGGGUGGCCCACGGCCGGAGGGACGGAGACUACCGUAUCGAAUGCAUUCGCUUACAACUCAAAUUUGUUCAAGAGUGUCAAAAGGGGAACCCCUAGAAGGCCAAGGAAGACUUUGGACACGUACAUUUUUGGUCUCAUUGAUGAGAAUCAGAAAACUCCUGAACUUGAGAAGCAUUGGGGAAUCUUUCUUCCUAAUAAUGUCUCUAAAUAUCAAGUAUCUUUUAUUGCAUAA